AUUAAGAAGUGAGUACACGCAAAUGCUAACAGGAAUAGUAAGGGGGUAUAUGGCCUAUAUCUGCCAAUAUCUUCAACUACACCAGUGAUGGGAUGAUUGGUACAACAGUCAUUGACGAGAGAACCAGAAUAUCCAACAUAAAACUAAUUUUACCUCGGUGCUACACCUGCUCUGCCUAGCCUGGUUAACGGUUCCUGUGUUGACAUUAUUCAACAACUUGCAAUAAUGACACAGGUGGAGUAAGCGCUUUUAACGUCAUGAUGAAGUAUCUGGUACUUGUGACCUUUUUGGCUCCUUGUUGGGUCAAUUGUGCGAUUAAAUCAAGGGCCACUGAGGAAGAAACACGGGAAAAUGACACAGAGUUCGAGGCUCUGAGCUCAUUGCUGUCUGACUUUGAGGUGCUGCCCGUGUCCGGCCUCCAGCAGCACUCACUCAGGAAGAGGGACGUCCACACAGAGUCCCAGCUGGAGCGCAUUGUCAGCUUCAGUGCCCUCAAGAGACAUUUUAAGCUUUACUUGACAACUAACACAGACUUGUUCACUGAGGACUUCAAAGCUGUGUUUGUAGAUAAGCAAGGGAAGGAAGACCGCUAUGAUGUUCAGCUGCAGAACUACUUUACCGGACAUCUUGUAGGCGAGGAGCACUCCCGUGUUCAGGCACACAUAGACGGGGACGAGUUCUCGGCCCACAUCCUGACAGAGGAGACAGAGUACAACAUAGAGCCCCUUUGGAGGUUCACCGAGGUGCCCCCCGAUGGCCGUCUGUUGGUAUAUCGCUCUGAGGACAUCCGGAACCUCAGUCGCCUGGCCUCGCCCAAAGUGUGUGGAUACAUCCACGCUGGGGCCCAGGACCUGCUACCAGAGGCCGCCAGAGGUGGAGAGGCACGGGAGGAUUCCCUCCACAGAGAGAAGAGAGUGACCCACAACCACAAGAAGAACACCUGUCCUCUAGCCCUGGUGGCCGACUACCGCUUCUUCAAACACAUGGGCCGCGGAGAGGAGAGCAUUACACUCAACUACCUGAUUGAGUUGAUUGACAGAGUGGACGACAUGUACAGGAACACAACCUGGGAUGACGAGUUUACAGGAUACGGUGUUCAGAUCCAACAGAUCAUCAUCAACAAGGAGCCGACCAGAGCGCCGCUUGGCCAGGCUGGGCCGGACUGGACCCACUACAACAUGAAGGGAAGCCCCAUCCAAGGCAAGGAGGUGUGGGACGUCAAGAAACUGCUGGAACAAUUUAGCACAGACAUAGCGGACAAUGCUAGCACCGUGUGCCUUGCCCACCUGUUCACCUAUCAGGACUUUGAUGAGGGGACACUGGGCUUGGCUUACGUGGCCCCUUCUAAAGCCCAGGCUAUGGGGGGCCUCUGCCCUAAACCUUUCUUUCCAUCUAGUUCCGUUAAGAACCCCAGUUUCCUCAACACUGGUUUAACCAGCACUAAGAAUUAUGGCAAAACCAUUCUAACCAAGGAAGCAGAUUUGGUGACAACCCAUGAGCUGGGCCACAACUUUGGAGCUGAGCACGACCCUGACAGCAUGCACUACUGCGCCCCUAGCGACGACCACGGGGGCAAGUUUGUCAUGUACCCCAUCGCUGUGAGCGGGGACCACUACAAUAACAAGCGUUUCUCCAACUGCAGUAAGAUCUCCAUAGGGAAGACGCUGCGCCUCAAGGCUCCCAUCUGCUUCAAGGAGAGGAACAGCAAGGUGUGUGGGAACUUGCGCGUUGAGGAAGGGGAGGAGUGCGACCCGGGCCUGCUGCACCUCAACGACGACCAGUGCUGCUCCGCCGACUGCAAGUUCAGGCCCGAGUCCCAGUGCAGUGACAGGAACAGUCCAUGCUGUAAGAACUGCAAGUUUCAGCAGGCAGGCAAGCCGUGCCAGGAGCCAAUCAACGCCACCUGUAAGGGCAUGUCCCUCUGCACAGGUAAGAGCAGUGAGUGCCCAAACCCAGACAACGCUCCGGACAAUACCAUCUGUGUGGACAGUGGGAGGUGCAGCGACGGGGAGUGCAUGACCUUCUGUGAGGCUGUGCAGAACCUACAGCCCUGUGCUUGUAAUGAGCUGGUCAAUUCGUGUAAGGUCUGCUGCCGGGACAAAAAUGGCACCUGCACUCCCUUCGUCAAAAAGGACCAGAACUUCCUGUACCUGCGCAAGGGGAAACCCUGCACCGUGGGCUUCUGUGAUGAGGGCGGCAAAUGCAUGAAGCAAGUCCAGGAUGUGAUCGAGAGGUUGUGGGAUUUCAUCGACAAGCUGGACAUCAACACUUUCGGGAAGUUCCUGGCAGACAACAUCGUGGCCUCCGUGGUGGUGUUCUCUCUGAUUUUCUGGAUCCCUCUCAGUAUCCUGGUGCACUGUGUGGAUAAAAAUCUGGAGAAGGAGUAUGAGAACACCAAGCCCAGCAAAGCAGAGAUGCUGAGCAGCCUCGAGACGGCCUCUGUCGUCUUCAUUAAGCCACCUACGCCUCCAACCUCCUCCUCCGGCACUCAGAUUCUUCUCCACUCCCUCCCUUCUCUACCCCCAACGGGCCCACCUGCCUCAGGCAGCAUCAGUACCCCAGGCUUGGCUUCUGGCCCGGGAAGUGGGGUGGUCAUGGUGGGGGAGGGCCCACGGAUGGCCACCAUACAGGAGGAUCCCAGCUGCGAUUCUCACCUCGACCCGGAUGAAGACGACUUCCCUCCACCCGGAGGCUCCAAUGCCACCAAGUCGUCUUACGAGGACCUGACGGCAGAGCGGAGCACGCCGCGGUCGGGCAGCCACGACAAGCCCCGCCUCGAGGCAAACCUGUAUGGUGAACAGUAAAGAGUUCUAGUGCUGAGGGAACAUGUUUGUAUAUAUACUCACAUACACACAGCCACGGGCAUGUACAUGCAAACACACGUGUGUGUGUGUGUGUACACACACAAUUUUACACGAGGGAACAUAGUCUAGAGUAGAUAGAUGCGUGCAUACAGACACCACACAUAUAGAAGAAGCAUGCAUACAUGACUAAACUAUAGUACAAACACACUGUUAUAGUACACACAAACAUCCACUCCUAGAAGGGACUGGAAUACUGGUUACACAGCACUGGUUGGGGUUCAUAGAACAACACCGUUUCUAGUAGAGCUCUUAAAUAAAGCACUGUGGGGUUAGCUACAUCCUAGAUUUUAUAAGGUCAAUUUGGAAGACUCCCAUACAACCAAAACAGGUGUUUGUGAGUAGUAGUGCUCUGAUGCAAGUGACUGAUGUUUAGAAUAGCCUAGAUACUGAAUGAUGUGUGUGUGUGUGGUGGGGAAGAAAUAAUUUGUGCCUUGUUAGUUUCAAGAGUCAAAGCCAAGUGCUUUAUUUGGCACCACUCACUCUGAUACAGGCCAGACAGACCGAUACAGGCCAGUCAGACCGAUACAGGCCAGACAGUCUUUGGAGUUGUUAUUUUGAAUGACUUGACUAACAGCUGUCAGAAUGGGUUGAUUGACAGCUGGGCCAGUUGAUUUGAUCAGAUAUUUUGCCCAUAAUUGAGCAAAAGAUCAGAAUUGGGCUGCCUGUGUAAACGAAGCUAGUAGUUAGGCUGGGCUGGAUACUUGGUCAAAUCGGCGCGCUUCAUCGGACCUUGGCCUACCGAACAUCAAUGUAUCUGUUCUACUGUAUGUCUCCAUUGAAGUAUUGGUUCUGUUUCAUUUGUAGUGAAAUAAUGAUGAACCGUUUUGAUAUUUGUGUAUGGCCUUAUUCUGGUACAAUGGGCUAUUAACCUUUUCAUCUUCAACCUGAAGUUUGCAAUUCAUGCAAGUAAUUUAUUUGACAAUUUACUCAACACAUUGGAUGAUGAGGGACUGUUAGAGCAGUGCAGACAUUCUAUGCAGUCAGAUGUUUGUAGACCAACUUCUGAUUUUUUAAUCUGAAAAAAAAUACUAGUGCCUUAUUUCGUAAGUUAAUUAUUUUUGUUUUAUAUCUCGCCUCAUUUCUCUAGUUAUACAGUGGCUUCAGAAAGUAUUCACACCCCAUUCACCUUUUCCACAUUUUGUUGUUACAAAGUGGGAUUCAAAAGGUUUAAUUGCCAUUGUCCAAAGAAGAAAAUGAAUGAAAAAUCAAAUACUAAUAUAUUGAAUAAGUAUUCAACCCCCUGUGUCAAUACAUGUUAGAAUCAACGUUGGUAGCGAUUAAAGCUGUGAGUCUUUAACAGCUUUCCACACCUGGAUUCUGCAACAUUUACCCAUUUUUUAAAAAUGUAUUAUUCUUUUUUUAAAUUCUUCAAGCUCUGUCAAAUUGGUGGUUGUUCAUUCCUAGACAACCAUUUUUAGGUCUUGCCAUAGAUUUUCGGUCACUCGGGAGCAUUCUUGGUAAGCAACUCCAGUGUAGACUUGACCUUGUGUUUUAGGUUAUUGUCUUGCUGAAAGGUAAAUUCAUUUCCCAGUGUCUGUGGGAAAGCAGACUAAACCAGGUUUUUCUCUAGGAUUUUGCCUGUGCGUCACUCCAUUCCAUUUUUUAAAAUCGUGUCCUUAACGAUUACAAGCAUACCCAUAACAUGAUGCAGCCAUCACUAUGCUUGAAAAUAUGGAGCGUGGUACUCCAAACAACUUCUUGUCCUGAAUACGAAGUGUUAAUUGCUUUAUCACAUUUAUUUGCAUUAUUAUUUUAGUGCCUUGUUGCAAACAGGAUGCAUGUUUUGGAAUAUUUUUUAUUCUGUACAGGCUUCUUUGCACUCUGUGUAUUAGGUUAGUAUUGUGGAGUAACUACAAUGUUGUUGUCAUCUUCAGUUUUCUCUUAUCACAGCCAUUAAACUCUUAACUGUUAUAAAGUCACCAUUGGCCUCAUGGUGAAAUCCCUGAGUUGUUUCCUUCCUCUCCAGCAACUAAGUUAGGAAGGAUACCUGUAUCUUUGUAGUGACUGGAUGUAUUGAUACUCCAUCCAAAGUGUAAUUAAUAACUUCACCAUGCUCAAAAGUAUAUUCAAUAUCUGCUUUUUUAUUUUUACCCAUCUACCAAUAGGUGCCCUUUUUUUGGAAAACCUCCCUGAUCUUUGUGGUUGAAUCCGUCAGCGAUGACGUAGUCAUUGAAAAAUCAUGUUGCACAUGCCACUUAUGUGACUUAUGCACAUUUUUACUCCUGAACUUAUUUAGGCUUGCCAUAACAGGUUGAGUACGUAUUGACUCAAGACAUUUCAGCUUUUCAUUUCAUUAAUUUGUAAAAUAUAUAUUUUUUAACUUGUGUGUAGGCCAGUGAUGACAUUCAAUUGAAUCCAUUUUAAAUUCAGGCUGUAACAUAACAAAACCUGGAAAAAGUCCAGGGGUGUGAAUACUUUCUGAUGGCACUGUAUGUCCUGUAAGCAAAGGGAAUAUGUUUAUCACCCAGCUGGAACUCAUGUUUACUAAUGUUGCCUGUUAGCUGGCAUGGGAAGUGUUGUCCUAAGCACCACUUGGUGUUGGAGUAUUCGUGUGCCAAUGAUAAAUGAAUACAUAUCGGCUUGUGGAAGGUUACGCUAAAAUAUUGUUUUAUAUAGUCUGUUCACCGUUUCCUGUAUAUUAGGCAAUAAGUACUUCUAUAUGUUCAUUCUGAUGAAAGGGGGAAUAUGUGUCUUGCUUGUGGGUCAAGGGCAUUCUGCAGCUUUGCUAUAACUUUGGACUAGUAUGGUCUGGAUACAUCUUUAGCAUGUACCUAAGUCCAUAGUAUUAGCUCUGUAGAAGAUGUGAGGGGAAAACUUCUUGAAUCACGUAUUCUUCCUGUCUCCUAUGUUUCAUUUUCAGGGUGUAUUAAAUUAUCUGGAUGAAUAAAUAAAUGCCUCUAUGCUAAUAAAUGUGUACACCAACUUGAAA